AUGGUUAGGCAAUGCGUGAUGCAAACUCAAGUGACGGUCGGCCAACCUCGUGGCCCUGAUCAACGCCAAAGAUCGUCGAGUUUUCAUGAAGACUAUAAGGAGAUCAACUACGGUGUUGCAGACAUGUGGGAUAUGUACGAAAAACGACGGAAGCUAAUAGAGGAGCUGUCACCUGGUCGCAGGCCGCAAGACCAAUCGGAUCAUGAAAGCAGGAAUAGUGGGGAGAGAGUGAGCGUGCGCCGUGCAGUGGCUCGUUCUGGGCGGUUCUGGGCCUGGAUUGGUUGUCAUUCUGUAUCGAACAUGGCUGAUAAUAAAAGUUCAGGAGAGCAAGGAGAACCCUCACAAGGUUCUGCUACUCCAUCUGUAUCACAGAAAAUUAAACAAGACUGGUACCAGACAGAAACCCAUGUCGUUGUCACAAUUCUUGCCAAAAAUGCAGACAAAGAUUCAGUGAAAAUUGAAUAUGGGGAAAGCACUUUGAGUGUGUCCGCAAAGUUACCAAAUGGAUCCGAUUACAGUCUGGAAUUGGAUUUGGCUCAUAAUGUGAAUCCUGCUCAAUGUACUCAUAAAAUUUUACCAUCCAAGAUUGAAGUGAAGCUCAAGAAAUGUGAUGAUAUCCGAUGGCAAGCCUUGGAAGGCGAUCCAAAGAAAGUAGAGGUUCCCCAACCAAUUCCUCAAGCUAUUCUCACUGGAAGUGGCCCUCCAAAAUACCCUAGUUCAGCUUUGAAAGCAAAAGAUUGGGAUCGUGUUGUUGGUGAUAUAGCUAAAGAAGAAGCUGAUGAGAAGCCUGAAGGAGAGGCAGCCCUUAAUGCUUUAUUUCAGAAAAUAUACUCCCAAGGAUCAGAUGAAGUAAAGCGGGCUAUGAAUAAAUCAUUUCAAGAGUCUGGGGGUACUGUUUUGAGUACUAAUUGGAAUGAAGUGUCCAGAGAUCGAGUAGAAAUAAAAGCUCCUGAUGGAAUGGAAUGGAAGAGAUGGGACUCAUGAAGACGUGCAGAAUUGUGCUUGUUAAACUAAUGUUAAGCUAAUUGUGAGAAAUGUGUAAUACUUGACAGGAGGUGUCUUGGUAUUUUUUUGUUUUAAAGUGUGAUUUUAAAACUAUUUUGUAAAUCCAUUUGUACCACGGACUGCCUAUAUGCUAUUUUCAAAUUAUGCGGUUCACAUACUUAAUCUCGCUUUCUCUUGAAUUAUUUUGUUCAUUAUAAUUGAGCAAUCAGUGUGAAAUUUGGCAAAGUGGCUUGGAAUCUAACUGGUAAUACACAGAUGUGACUCUUUGAAUAUACAUAUUAAAUUGAACAUUUUGUAUUGUUUUUGUCUUCGCUAAGUUUGUGAGUCCUGUGCUAACAAAAAUUGUGUUUAUUAUGUCUUCAAGAAGGUAGUACCUACCUUAAAAAAAUGUAGGUUAAUUAUUGAAAGUUGAUAACUACUUACAUAAAUUUUCUACUAUAAAAAUCAUUAGAGAACAGGAGGGUUUGAGUAUGCUGAGAUGUUUGCCAUUGCACACUGUUAUGCUUUUAACACGCUGAUGGCUUGCCGUUUCAUUUUAGUAUUGUGUUGUAUUAAAGUGGUGCCUGAAAUGUGUAGAAUUCCUCAUCUAUUUUCUAUUUUCAUUUCAGAAUUGUUUAAAAAAUAUGAGUGUGUGUUAUUGAGAUUUUUGUGAAUGGUGAGAUUUUAGAAGAAGACUGAGCAUCAAGUCUCACAUUAUUCAUGGAAAUUGAUUGAACCCUUAUUUAUUGCACAGCAAUAAGCUUAUUACCUGAAAAUAUAACAGUCUGUUAUUAUAUUGAGCAUUCUUAUUAAAAAGGUGUUUUCUAACAUUGUUCCAAUUAUUUGCGCACAGUAUCAUGAUACAUACAAUAGAAUCUUGCUAACAAUUUCCCUGUUACCAUGUUUUCCCAUUUAUCAAGUGUAAGCAGAAUUAAUGUAUCUAGGGCAACAUAUUUGCACAAAAUUCAGAAGAUCAAGGAAGAAAAAUUCAAAAAUGUAAUGGGGUAAAAGAGUUAGACAAAACUAAGAAUACCUAAUAUAGCAUCUAAGCCAAUGUUAAUGUAUGAAUCAGAAAUAUGGACCCUCAAACAGAGACUAUCAGAGAUUAGAAGCCACACAAAUGACUUUUUUGGCACCUGGUAGGAACGACAUGUCUAGAUCAGCAAAGAAACACUGAAAUCGGAAAAAAACAACUCGAAGCAAAAAAUACUAUGGAUAACAUUAAAGAGAACAAGAGGAGAUGGCUUUCACGUGUGUGAAGAAUGCAAGCAGAAAGAUUUCCUAAAGCAGUUUUAAAUUGUUAACCCAUAGGGUGAAGAAAUAUAGGAAGACCCAACAAAAGAUGGAAGGCUCAGGACCAUUUGGAGGAAUAAUCACUAGAUCUACUUCACAGUAAAAGGCACCAGACCUACGAUCCUGCUAUUCAUGAUAAUGAUCACGUGUGCACACACAGAUGGGGUAUUUUUUUUAUAAAAGAAAUGAAAAUGCUAUUACAAUUGUCAAAAUUAACUUUUUAAUUUUUUAGAACUGAGAAAUAAAUAGUCAACAGUGAUAUAUGAAAGUUAUGAACUAGAAACUAUUUUUAUGACAAUUAAUUCACCAUAGCUGUGUAUCAUUUUUCACCAGUGGUGGUCUAACCCAACCAAACAAGCCUUGAUUGGCAUUGUCUUGCAUGAUAUCUUGCUUGUUGAGGAUGAAUUUCAGAGUUUAUUUGCCAAGUUAUGUCUGCACUAUCUACCAUGUAAAACUGAGUAAAUCCAUUUAAUUUUUUUUUUCUUUAUAUUUGAUUCUAUAUACUUGCCAAGAAUUAUCAACUGUAAUGUUCAGUGCGAAGUUUAACAGAGCUCAAUACCAUGUUUUGUUUUGAAUAUGUAUUCUAUAGACAGCAUUGUUUUGAUCUUUACUGAGAUCUGUCCUACACUUUCCCUUCUUCUGAACUAUAUAAAAAAUUAUUAAUAUUGUAAAUUUAAAUACUCUUACUUGACUUGAGAAAAUUUAUGAGAGAAGAGGUGAUAAAAGCCUGCCCUAUGGGAACUCAGAAUGUGAAUUUCAUGUAAAUUAUUGGAAAUAUUCUACUUUGUAUUUUUCUAAAAUAAUAACAUUGACCUUUUCCCAAAUUUCAUAAUUAUUUAAUCAUAUUGUUACAAUUUAUAAUAUGAGAGCUUCCUUGCUCUUGAAAUUAUUAUAACAAUCGGGUUUACAAUAGACCUAAACGUCAGCUCUGUGCUAACAAUGUAAAGAAAAACCCAACAAAACAAUACCAUUUUUAAAAUACAAAUUAUUCUCGUUCUUACUUCACAUGACAUUAACAUUCAUUCUUUUGUUAUACCAUGAACAGCAAUACUUUUAUACUCAUUUCUAUUUUUUCCUUUGAUCUGUAAUCUAUGCUAAACUUAUAGUUACAUUCAUAACUUAAUCUUCCUAUGAUUUAAAAAUAUAUGUUUUGGUCUGCCCUCGUGAACAACGACCUGUGUCAUUCCAUUCCCUCUCUAUCCCCAUCCAUGUCAAUGAGCAUAGCUCCUAUACCACAAUUUUGCAAUCUCUCUGUUCUGUGUCCAAUUUUCCAAAUCCUAUUCUAAAAUUUCUAAUCUCACUUAUAAACAACUACUCUGUUUGUGUGGCUUUCAUAACUGAUCAAACUGGGUUUCAUAUACUUGGAUCACACAAAUACUUUUCAUACUUAAAAAAAAAAAAUCUCAAUUCAUGCAUCUACUCCCUGACAUGACAAUCUUUCACCAGCAUUCUUCCACCAACAUUCACCUUCAACCAUCUCCUCCUGUGUGCAGAUAAUUCCCAAAAUGUGUUUGUCAUCCCCUUCUUAUAUUUUUACUUGUCAUCCCAUCUUUGCAUUUUAAUUGGCUUUGUAUGUAGCAUCCCUAAAUACACUAUUUAUGAUAAAUUACAUGAGUAAUUUGACUUUUAGAAUUUUUUUUACCCUGAGAUCACUUAAUACAUACUAAUUUCAAUAAAAUGUUGUCUCACUAUUUUAUCUCUCUUGAAGUUGCAUCUAUGUUUCUUUCUUUAUUUUGUUUACAGCAAUCAUUUUAUAAGUCACGUCCACGGCUCAUUUCUUGUUCAUUCAAGACACUUUUAUUGUAAACUAUACUGCGUAUGUAAUACAACACAAAAUAUUUUACACAUUUUCCAACUUAAUCGAGAUAGAAAUGACACAUCUUGAUAUGAUUAACCCCAUCCAUAUGCAAAUUGUCUGUUCGGAUACAGGCUGAUAGUCGGAUCAUAAUUUUUUCUUCUUCACUGCACUGUAUUUGUUUGGUUGACUCAUUGGUUGUACUCUGCCAAAUGUUGAGGCAAUUGUAACGAUAUAAUUAUAUGGUAUCUUUCAAGAGUGAUACUGGAAUUUGUAUCAAUUACUUGGUAAUAACUUCCUUGUAGCAUUUUUUCAAUUUAUCAGACAUCAAAAGAGGUGCUUUAUGCCCUAUGCAUUGUCCCUGUGGCAUCAUGACCAAUUUCUUUAAGCCAUCAAAAAAGCUGGAAAGAGUAUAACAUUUUUUGAGUUUCAUACCAAACUUUCUAUCUUGCUUAGAAAUUUUGCCUACUAAUUUAACCUGGCAUUUGCAACGGCAAUAAUUUGAUAGAAUUAGUCCACCCAAAUUUCUGUUUCUUCACUUAAAAUAAUUAUUUAUUGUUCAUGCACUGAUGCCCUAAGAGUGUAUUCAUCACGUGUUUAUUAUUCCCCUUUAUCAUCAUCUGCCAUUUUUCAAUAUCUGGAUGCAUAUUCCAAACUAAAUGCAGCAUAAAAAUAUACUGGGCAGAAAAACAUCGAAAUUUUAAAAGUCUUCGUCUCCAACCAUAUUUUGAAGACCAAUUCUAGGUUGUGGCACCAAAUAACAAAGCUUAGAUGAUACAAGAUGUGAUGUUGGAAGCUAUUGCUUACUGACAUAGUGAGUAGCAAAGAGCAUAUUGAUAGUUAUAUGGAACCAUCAUUGGAACACGUUGAAAAGCUUGGUUUCUGUUCAGUAAUCAUUUUGAAUUUGUGAAUUUUGAAAACUGAAAUCUCAACUUUGUAUGAGCUCUAUUAGUAACACUGCCUUUGCUGUUAAUUUCAGCAUCUCCUGCUUAAAUCUACAAUUAAUUUAACUGUAGUUCUUUGUUAUUGGGCACUAAUUGAAAACUUUUUAAGGAAAUUGAGUAUAAGACAAGGGGUAAAAUCUUCACGUUUUUAUAUUUCCAGUCAUCUCAAAGGGCCAUUAAAUAAAAGAUCCUGAUCAGACCCUGAUCUGAACAUAUUUGCGGAAGUGUAACAGUCACUUUAUUACAUAGUGUAACUUCUGUAAAUACUCAGUGCAAUCAUGGGAUCUCUUCUAAAAUAUUUUCAUUUCCAGAAGUAAAGAAAGAGAACUUAUUUUUUCUUCGGUGGUCAAGCUCUUUGUGCUUUUCCAAAGGAGUAAUUAAGUGUAAACCUUUACUUUCCUCUUGUUGUUUGCUUCAAAAUAUUAGUGUAAAUUGUCUUUUUACCUCAUAAGUUGAAAACUCUUUCUAUAAAGGUUUAUUCACAUAAGAAUAAAUUCUAUUUCAUUCUCUCCUUUCUGUUACUUAAUGUAACCUUUUUUCAAUGCUUGAAACCUUUUUUUCAAAUGCUUAUACAUACUUUUUGUUAAACUUAAAGCUAUCAAUGACCAACAGUGAAAUACCUUGAUUAAUCAUGGAAAUAUUUGCUCAGUUGUUUUGUUUUAUCAAUAAGAGAAUCCAUAAUAUGCAUGAAAUUUCUAAGUCAGAGGAAGUUUCCAACCAUAAAAAUGUAAGUUCAAUUUCUGUAUUUUCAAAUGGAAUGUGUGAUUAAUUGAAUGAUUAUUUGAAAUGUGUGAUUAAUUGAAAAUAACAACCGUUUUCAUUUUAGGGAUAUUUAAUUUAGUCUUGUUUUGGGAACUUGUAAUUGGGUGUAUUUUUAAUUACUUUAAAAGUUAGUUUUAAUUUUUAAAUAGUUGUAAUGAAACAGUUUUGGCUUUCUCCUUGUGCAAAAACAAUUAUCAUAUUGUUUGUUUAAUAGUAUUAUGAUUGUCUAUAUAUACAUUUCAGUAUAUUUUCAUUAUCAUAAUCUUUGAGACAAUGAGUUUAAUUAUUUCCAAAUAAUGAGUGACAUAGUUAUGUAAUUUUAUAUUUGAUUGAAAUAUAAAAAUAAUCUGAAAAAUAUACUGAGAAGCAUUUAUUAGUGUUGUAUAUCAAACACCUAUCUUUCAAACAACAUUCAAUGAUAACAAAGUAAUUUAUUUUUUAUUUUAUUUCUGUGAACAUUUUACAUGAGUGUUUGAGUUAUGAUAGUAAUGCGGUUUGUUUAUAACAAUUUCUUUCUUCCGUUCAUUUGUCUUCAAAAAGUAGUGCAUUGUUGUAGUUAAUGUGCAAUUAGUGUCGUAAUAAUUUCUUUGAAGUGUUUGAGCCAUAAUGAAACUCUUAAUGACAGACAUGUGAAUAUGCUAAUUAAACAUUUAUUGCUACAUUGAAAGCCAAUAAUUGAAUAAUAGUAGAAGCUUUCGUAAAUCUAUCAUAGAUAUUCAGGGUUGUCCCUACUUUGUAUAUUUUCAUUAUAAUAUUAACUAUUUUAGUCAUAGGUAUUUCAUUGUAUGGUCAAUGAUCCUUCUUGUCCCUUUUCUUUGUUUGAAACAUUUUAAACAUUUAAUGGCAGAAGUGGAGUGAUCAUUCCAAAAUAUUGAAAUUGAAAUUAGGUGCAAUGUAAUUUGUUAAGAAAUAUUUGCUUGUGUGACUGGGAGUGAUUGAGUUAUUAUACUUCGAAGUUCUGUAAUUGAUUUGGCCCUCUGUACAAAGAGUUGCAAGUUAAUAGAAAUUGAGGAGUUGAGUUUUGUGAAAAGUAAUUAUCAGUAAGGUGUUACGUCUUGCACAACAUUUUUAACUUCAGUAUUAGUAUACACAAUUGGUUCUGUAUAAUUGUAUGCUAAAAAUAUGUACAUAGUAGUAUUUGCAAUA